CUGUAGCCUUUUUAUGUCUUAUUAGUUUUCUUCACUAGUUUCACAAUUUAGUAUCCAUGGCCUCAUAAGGAAUUCCUUUUGCAGCUUGGGUCUGCAGAACUUUUCAUGCAAGAAUCAAAGUUUCUGAUCCAUGGCAAUGGUAAAGAGAAGCCGGCUACUGGCUUCAUGUUUGAAAAGGAGCAGAUGCAUGGGUUAUAUUUCAAUCAAUCUCCGGCAAAGGAUAUUGCUUUGGCAAGGGUUUCAAUGAGACCAAUCCCUCUUGGUCCAAUGAUGGAGAAGUUGUCGUUGACUCCCCAAAACUACGGAAGUGGCCGGAGAUUCUAUGUCCAAACAUUGGACGAUCACGCUCUUUCACCGGAUGUCCAAGAAAAGCUGGUGAGGGAAAAUCCUCCUGAAGGAGUGUUCAAGAUCAAAGGAAGUGACCACUGCCCUUUCUUCUCAAAGCCGCAAUCGCUGCAUAAAAUUUUACUUGAAAUUGCUCAGAUUCAGUAAAAUAUCAGAUAUAUCCUCAGCAAAAUGCAUUCUUGAAAUUGUUUAGCUCAGCAUGAUUUGUUAUCUUCAAAGAACAAACAAAAUUCUUUUGCUCAUAGUAAAAAUAGCGUUAUGUACGUGAAUACUUUUUUUUUCUUCUUCUCAAUGUGCCAUAAAGAAAAAAACAAAUGAGCAUGUUCUUG